AGUUCUGUGAUUAAAGAAUUGGCCACUGUGACAAUAAGACAUAGGUCAUUAAAGUGCAUUCCAUUACCAUGAGUUGGCAGGAGUUCAGUUCCUUGAAAUUUUAAUCUGAUAGGGUAUAUUAAAUGGAAAUACAUUCUCUUUAAUGAAACUUGCGAAAGGAAGGAAUCUGCUAUUUUCAAUCCUGGCAUGACUGGCACUGAACAUCUCGAUGAAAAUAGUUGGAAAAGAAAAGCUUUCAAAGCCAUUCUGUUCUCAGAGUACCCGAGCCAACUAAACUGUGAGAAGUGAGCGCCUUGCUUUUGUGCAUCCCAUUUCACAUGGAGGACAAGAGGUUAUUCUCUGCAAUGGCUGACUUCCAGAGUUUUUGCCUGAACGUUUUUGUCAAGUAAAUAUUCCCUUCUCUAGGCCUUUCUAUAUAGAGCCUACCAACAUUGUCAAUGUGAAUGAUGUCAUUCAGAGGGUUAGUGACCAUGCUGCUGCUAUGAACAAGCGGAUUCAUUACUACAGCCGGCUCACCACUCCUGCAGACAAGGCACUGAUUGCUCCAGACCAUGUAGUUCCUGCUCCAGAGGCAUGCUAUGUGUAUAGUCCAUUGGGCUCUGCCUAUAAACUUAAGAGUUACACUGAAGGAUAUGGUAAAAACACCAGCUUAGUUACUAUUUUUAUGAUUUGGAAUACCAUGAUGGGAACAUCUAUACUAAGUAUUCCUUGGGGCAUAAAACAGGCUGGAUUUACUACUGGGAUGUGUGUCAUCAUGCUGAUGGGCCUUCUAACACUUUACUGCUGCUAUAGAGUGGUGAAAUCACGGACUAUGAUAAGUACAUCAGAUACGACUACCUGGGAGUAUCCAGAUGUGUGCAAACAUUAUUUUGGCUCCUUUGGGCAAUGGUCAAGUCUCCUUUUCUCCUUGGUGUCUCUCAUUGGAGCAAUGAUAGUUUACUGGGUGCUUAUGUCUAAUUUUCUUUUUAAUACUGGAAAGUUUAUUUUUAAUUUUAUUCAUCACAUUAAUGACACAGACACUGUACUGAGCACCAAUAAUAGUAACCCUGUGAUUUGUCCAAACGCUGGGCGUGGUGGCCAUCGUGACAACGGCUCCAUGGUUUUCUACUACAAUGACACGGAAGUGCAGCUGUUUGAGAAGUGGUGGGACAAGUCCAAGACAGUGCCCUUCUACCUUAUAGGGAUCCUCUUGCCACUGCUCAACUUCAAGUCUCCUUCCUUCUUCUCCAAAUUUAAUAUCCUGGGCACAGUGUCUGUCCUCUAUUUGAUUUUCGUUGUUACUCUGAAGGCUAUUCGCUUAGGAUUCCACCUGGAAUUUCACUGGUUUGUGCCAACAGAAUUUUUUGUACCAGAGAUAAGAGCUCAGUUUCCACAGCUGAUGGGGGUGCUUACUCUGGCCUUCUUUAUUCACAAUUGUAUCAUCACACUCUUGAAAAACAACAAGAACCAAGAAAAUAAUGUGAGAGACCUGUGCAUUGCUUAUAUGCUGGUGACCCUGACUUAUCUCUAUAUUGGUGUCCUGGUUUUUGCCUCAUUCCCUUCACCUCCUUUACCCAAAGAUUGUAUCGAACAGAACUUCUUAGACAACUUCCCUAGCAGUGACAUCCUGUCCUUCAUUGCAAGGAUAUUCCUGCUGUUCCAGAUGAUGACUGUAUACCCACUCUUAGGCUACUUGGCUCGUGUCCAGCUCUUGGGCCAUAUCUUCGGUGACGUUUAUCCUAGCAUUUUCCAUGUGCUGAUUCUUAACUUAGUUAUUGUGGGAGCUGGAGUGACCAUGGCCUGUUUCUACCCAAACAUAGGAGGGAUCAUAAGGUAUUCAGGAGCAGCAUGCGGCCUGGCUUUCGUGUUCAUAUACCCUUCUCUCAUCUAUAUAAUCUCCCUUUACCAAGAGGAGCGUCUGACAUGGCCUAAGUUGGUGUUUCAUGUUAUCAUCAUCAUUUUGGGCCUGGCGAACCUGAUUGCUCAGUUUUUCAUGUGAAAACUGUUUUCUCAAGAUAUCUCCUGGUAUUCUGAACCUUGGCAACGGUUCUGCAUAAAAGAACUUGAAAAUGCUGCCAUUGCUAUAAUUCUAAGUGUUCUUCUAAGAUAAUUGGAAGCGAGGGAAAUGAUAGUCUCUCCUAAGUAUUUUUGUACUCCAGCUGGGAGGACGUAAGUAUUAAGGAUGAUUUUUCUCAGUGCCCCUCAUUCCCAUGUAUCCAGGUAGAAAUGUGGGAGGACUCAUACUGAUGCUUCUGUCGAUGAGUUAGGUGGGUGUGCUUCACCUCGUCGAGGAAUCUCAGGGGUCUCGGGUCAGGGCAUUUUGCCAGACCCUGUGUGUGCUUCCAUGUGUGCUCUUCCACCUUCUUACUUGCUGGGCCAUUUCUCCAGUUUGCCCAAAGCUCUGCUGUCUCCAAGAGUAAAACAAAUACCUCAUUUUAAAAGAAGUUUCCAUGGCAUCAUUAUUAAUGGGAUGAAUUCCUAACUCAAUACUUAAUCUGAAGAACAAAAAACUUUAAAUAGUGUCAGUCCAUCAGAAACUGUGUAUAAGUUAGGGCCAAUGGGAUGGUUGAUAUGUCCGUGAGCACUUAGGUGGGAGGGUGAGAGGAUCUGGAGGCUAAGGUCAUCCUCAGUUUCACGGCCAGUUUAAUUGUCUCUUGGGGGAUGGGUUGUUUGUUUGUUUUAGGUUUCUUUCCUUGAGAAAGGUUUUCUCUAUGUAUCCCUGGCUGUCCUGAAACUUGCUCUGGGGACCAAGCUGGCUAUGACCAGUUGAAACCAGCCUGGCUAUAUAAAGCCUUAUCUCAAGACACUAAAAGAAAAGAGAGAAAACAAAAAGAAAUUAGGUGUCAGGACAAGUUGUGCAGAGUCUGUUGCUAUCUGACUCUUAAUUCGAAUCCAGCCCCAAUGACUUAGAUUGAGGUUACAAUUCCCAAGCCAGAUCUCACAUCUGAACAAAAGCAAUUGUCCUUGCAUCUUUCCUUUGAGAACUGUGUGGACUGUCAUGAAGCCCAGUGGAGGAAGCACAAAUGAAGAUGGGUAUGUGAGGCUCUUCAGGAGAGAAAGGAAUAGCUAGGAAGGGUAGGAUUGCCCAGUAUACCCUGAGUCAUCCUGGUUCAGGAGUGACCUCCUGGAGCCAGCCGACACCAUCUACCUGCUCCUAUAACAGGAAGGGAAGAGUUGGGUCUCCGCAAGAAAAGCUUCUCACAAGAUGAUUGAGAAAUCCAAUUUCUUAGAGUUAACACUCUUGCCGUCUUCCUUCUGAACAAAAAGCUAAAAAAUGCAGAUCUGUUUACCUUCUGUGUAACACGAUCUGUAGCCUACCCACAGCUUCAAGCAUUUAUAUUUCUCUAAUUUUGACUAAAUUGUUUAAAAUGUAUCAUGGUUCCUCUUCCCAGGACAGUGUCAUGUUCUAAAAAAAAACAAAAACAAAAAAACAAAACCAGGUAAAAUGUUUUUCAUAAAUCUUUAGUAAGCAGCCCCUGAUUUAAGACCAGCUUUAAUGUCUUUUAGCAUAGCUUUACAUCCUACUAGAGCAUGGGUCUAUGUUUAUAAGGAUCUGUAAUUUCUAGCACUUUCUAAAGUCUCAUUAUGAAAACUGUCAAUCAAAUGCACAAAUAGAAUAAUACAGAAAACUCCUGUACACCUAUCCCUGGGUUUAGUAAUUUGCUGGAUUAGCUGAAUUUGCUUCACCUGCUUCCUCCCGCAUUUUCUUUUCUACUGACAUAUUUAAAAGCCAGUCUCAGACAUUAUGUCAUUUCAUUUCUACAAACCUUAAUAUUCAGCUAAUAGCCCAGACUUUGAACCUAGUGACAUUUAUCACGGAGCUAGUCUCAAAAACUCUGGCUCACAGACAUUGGGUUGCAUGAGAACCCAUACUCUGGAAACUGGAACUUCAUGACUGCAGUCUUCUUCUGAGAGACAUUGGAGUUAGAGCUGGGUGUUGUAAGAUACCUCGCUAUGUUCUUAGUAGUUUCUUUUGUCUUUGAGAAUCUUAGAGACAAUUUUCACUCCUUUUUUUCUCCCCAAAGAUGUUCUUGGAUGCUUUAAUACUCUAUGCUUUAACAAUCAAGGAUAAUUGGAUGUGGUUUUGCCCAUUUCAUAGAUAAAAGAUAAAAGAAAUACAACAAGGGAUGCUACCCUCCAGACAAAAAAAUAAUAUGGAUUUAUGCUUUUGUUUCCUUAAGGACACUUAACAAUUUAGACCUCCUCCUGAUGUCCUGUUAGACAAGCCAAAUGACUUUGUCUCCUUACGUUUUUGUUUUUGUUUUUCCCCAUGAGACUCCCUUGGCCGGUCACUUGGCUUAGUCAGAGAACUCUGCACAUGAGUGCGUGUGUUCUGGCUAGUCUGAGAAUGGUGAGGUAGGAACCCACACUCUCUUACCCUUUGUCUCUCUGCUCUGAUCUCUGCACUUUCUAAUUAAGCCACUUUCACCUUCUGACUGGCCCUCGCACUUUCACCUUCUGGCUCUGCCUUGAGAUUGACCUUCAUUAGCACACACCCUAGGAUACUAGCAUUUAAAAUGAGCUGUUUAGUGAGAUCUUCCUUAGAAAUCCUGUGGAUUAGCUUUAGCUGUGCUAAUAUUAGAGGUAGGAAGGGAAAAUCAGGUAAGUUUUGUACCUGUGGACGUGGACAAUUGUGCCAAGUCAUGGCCAUCAGCACACUCCAAAAAUGUGUUUGGAAUGAGGAAUAUGUCAUUGUACCCCUCGGAAGAGGCUGUUUUAAAGAGAAAUGCUUCGUUUACAUUCAAUGUGUUUUAGAAAUGUUGCUAGCUAAUCACUGCAGCUGUGGGCUUGUUCUCUGCUUCUACUUGAAACUUAACAAGGAAAUGUUUGAUGUGUGGUUUUUAUUAUCAUUCCCUUAAGUGUUCUGUUUAAAUAAUUGAAUAGUCAGCAAUGCUCAUGACUUUGGAGAAGCUAAAGACAGCGCGCAUGUCCUAGAGGAUUUAAAAAAAAAAAAAAACUAAUGAAGAAACGGUGUUCUCUGGACAGUGCAUGAAGCAGUUAACUGAGCACCAUGAGAACAGCAGAGAGUUCUUGGGGGUGGGAGGCAUAGCAGAGGAGGGGGGACUUCUCAUAAGCAAGGGACCCAUUUCCUUGUUCCCGCUGUUCCCCCAGACUGCAUUCACUGUGCUCACCAGCUAGGAGAGAUAUGUUAUAUGUUGUUUGCUUCUUUGGAAUUCUCAGAUUUCCUCUAAAAUGUAUUUUGUGACAUUUAGCUGUUUCUUUGUGCUGUUAUUCUUUCUUCUUUAUGAACCCUAGAGUAUUUAUUUCCUAUGGCUCUUGGACAGAAAGCAUAAUAGUUUAAUGUGGGAUGUAAUUAGUAAUACACUGGGUGCUACAAACAUCUAUAAAGUUUCCAAAUUUUUAAUUUAAGUAUGAAUAUUCAAAAUGUCAAAUGUUUACAUUCAUUGAUGUAACAGUGUUUUGUUUUGUUUCUGUUACUGUGAUAAAAUACUA